GUCACAUGACUGAACCCUGAGCUCCUAUUGGUCAGUUUCUGCUCCGUUGUUUAUUUCCGGAAGCAAUUCGUUUCGGUGUCCGUUUCUGUAAGGACUAUUUAGUCACCAUCUACAGCGUCCAAACGACAGGUGUGUCCUCCUCACACCCAGGAUGGCACAUUGGUUUCACAGAAAUCCCCUGAAGGCUACAGCUCCUGUGUCCUUUAAUUUCUAUGGAGUAGCAGGAAGUCCAUCUGCCAACAAGAUCUGCAAUGACCUGAGGACAACCAGGGCAAGGCUGCUGGAAAUGUUUACUGAUGUCACCUGCAACUCAGAAACAAUGAAAAAUGCCACAGAUACAUACUUCUCUCUCCUUCAAGGAUUUAUCUCGUCCUUGGAUGGAACAACACAGGAAAACAAGAUGAGAUUCAUCCAGAACUUCAAAUGGACUGACACCUUACAAGGAAACACACCAAGUGCCCAGCAAGAUGCAGUCUUUGAACUGGUCUCCAUGGCCUUCAAUGUAGCCGUGUGGUACACCAAGUUUGCCUCAAGACUAGCCGGAAAAGAAAAUGUCAGUGAGGCUGAAGCGAAAGAUGUUCAUCGGAGCCUUAAAGUUGCUGCUGGUAUAUUCAAAAAUCUCAAGGAGGUCCACAUCCCUCGUCUCAUCACCCCAGCUGAAAAGGGUCGAGACCUGGAACCCAGAGUGAUUGAUGCGUACAUCAUCCAGUGUCAAGCAGAGGCACAAGAAGUGACCAUUGCGAGGGCUAUUGAACUGAAGCACAAUGCCACACUCAUCGCAGCGCUGUCGUUCGAGACUGCAAACUUCUAUCAGAAAGCUGACCACACACUGAACACCUUGGAGCCAGAGUGCAGUAGCAAAUGGAGGAAAUAUCUUCAGCUGAAGCAGCACUUUUACAUGGCUUAUGCAUACUGCUAUCAUGGACAGACUCUGCUGGCGAGUGACAAAUGUGGUGAAGCGAUACGAUCCCUCCAGGAGGCAGAAAAGUGUUACUCCCAUGCUGAGGCACUUUGCAAAGAGUAUCGUCAGACAAAAGGCCCGGGCACCACAGCUAAACCAUCAGAGCAGCUGUUCUUUCUCAAACUGGGUGGCCUCAUUAAGAACACUCUGGAGAAAUGCCAGAGAGAAAAUGGCUUUAUAUACUUCCACAAGGUCCCUGCAGAGGCCCCUCAGCUCGAGUUGAAAGCGAGUUAUGGCCUGGCUGAGCCCGUCUCCUUUGAGCUCCCGCCCCUCAGCGAGCAGUGCACUCCUGAAGUCUACGCUACUUUUGAUCUGACCAAGGGCGCCAAAAACGACAAAGCCAAAGCAAAGGAGGAGGAGGUGAAACCCAUGAAGGAGCCAGAUUUAAAGCCUCAGAAGGACACGGGCUGUGUUGUGUCCUAAGAUCCCCAUGGAGUCCUCUUUCAGCCUUACGCCGCAACAACAUCUAUUGGAAUGAUGGCAUCCAUAUUUUGUUUCAUGUACACUCCUUUUUUUUGUAAUGUUAAUCCUUGCUGUUUUACAUUUAUGCUGAAAUGUCUGUAUAGUACAAAGGUAUUACAACAAUUAUCCUUGCAUCUAAACCCAUCCCGCCACAUUAUCUCAACGGCUUUUCAUAAAGUUAAACUGUUUUAGAGAUGGAAAGAUCUUCUAUAUACAUGUAUAUGAAUGAAUUACUUUCAAUAAGGCCAUUUAAUUAGAGAGAUUAUUAAUGAACUUUAUGGAGAGUAGUUUCCUUAAGGUGCAUUUGUCAGUGUUUCAAACCUGGAAACUAUUAUCUCUUAACCAGAUUAUAGGUGAUUGAAAUAAUGUCAACACAUUUCCCUGAAAUAUUAUUUAUUCCAAAAAACAGAUGCAGUACCACAUCUGAAAUGAUUAUAAAAUGAUUGUUUUUAUUUGAUUUCUGACACUUCAGAGACUAGGAUGCAAACAUCAAGGAUGGAAACAUGUUGAAAACAUACUUUUGGAUGAUAAAACUGGAACCACACACCGGGUCAGAUCAAAGUUAUCGGACGGUUUUAAUCGAUUCAACAGUAGACAAACAAAAUACAGAGAUGGGAUGUUUUAUUGCUGGUACAGCUGAGGUGUCAACUGUAGCAGUUUACUAUCAACAGCUGAUUUAUAAAACAUGAUGUUUUCAGCUGUAGUUCUUUUUGUACAUCUCUAAUGUAUAUAUAUUUUUUCAGUAAUACACUUCAUUUAAGAAAACACAUCAGUAGAUAAGGCUGAAUCAUUUGUUUUUAUUUCAAAGGAUUCUGUGAUAUAUAUUCCCGACAGUAGUUGUUAUUCAUUUAUUUCUAUCAAUUUUCAUGCUGUAGUCGAAAGCUAAAUACACUAAGAUUGUAAACAAUUCUUUGUAACUCAAGUCACUUCGGAGUUCUGUAUUCAAUACAUGAUGUACUUACUCAACAUACACCGAGUGUUAUGCUCUUCUUGAGGACCGUUCUUGGGGAAUGAGCACAAUCAGACUCUGGGGGUUGGAAGCUAAUCAAUUGUUAUGCUGCUGAAAAGCGGCUCCAACUAUUUACAGAUUUUACUUAAAGAUAUUUCUUAUAUUGUCAAAAUCCUGCUCUCUGAAAAAAAAGUCAUGUUCGGUAGCAUGACUAUCAAUCGCUGAAAACUGUGUCAACUGUCAUACUGCUCACCUGUACUUGUAUAUGCGCCUACAUGUGUAUUAAGCUUACCUGGGCCAACUAAUGAACAGUAGGAGAACGUACAUUUCUCACUAAAUAUAUCAUAGAACAUUUGGGAUAUACUCUUUUUGUUCACUUGUGCAAGAAAUUAAAUGGGUUUAUAAUUGGAAAAUGUUGUACAAGUUGUUAAACCAUUGUUCAUUUUGCCUCAGAGAGCAAAUUAAACAUUGCAGAAGAUA